UGGCUCACCUGUUUUGCUACUAAAUAGAAUCCACACAUAUGAAUAUUAGAAACUGACUAUAUCCAUUUGAAAGCUAUGCCAUUAGAGACCCCUGCUGUGCUUUGCUGAAGUACACCAUGUUACACAGACUAGGCUGGAGAGGACAUCAGUGCGCAGCAGUGAGCUGACCCCUGUCAAUACUUCACUGUAAUCUGUGAAGCCAUCUUCACUGAGCUCUCACCUCAGAGGCCAUGAGGAAGAGAUAAGAGAGGUCGGAGAGAGACAGAGAGAGAGCAGAGAGGGCAGGACAAAUACAAAUCAGCGGGGAGCACAAACUUUCCCUCCAUCUUUCAGUUUACUAGAAAAGUGCAUUAUGGAGCAGACAGAAAUAGCUGUGAACUCGGAGCCCCUCCUGCUAUUCUGGGGACCUCAUGUAUCAUGCAGUGCUACAGUUUAGCCCACAGGCUGGAGCAUAUCCCAACAGGCCUGUUGAUGGAGACUUUUAAGUAGCAGAUAAAGUAAUUGUUUGCCAUUUCUUUGUACUUUGUACCGUCAAAAUAAGCAAGCUUGCAGUGCAACAUGUAAUUCUAAAUUAAAAGAUGCACUCAACUCCAUAUGCAAAUGCACCAACAUUGUUUUCAGUCCAAAUAAUUUCAUGCGUAAAAGCGAAAAAUAGACUCUAACUCUCUUAUGAUUAAAAAAAAAAAAAAAAAAAAUCUAUUUUUCAUGUUGUGGGCUUGUGCUUGCAUUUUUAAACCCCUCCUCUUUCGAUUUCAGCAACGCCAAAAUCAGCUGCACGAUGGCGCCAGAGUCUCACGAAUUAAAAGCUCGGUGCUUUGAUCGAGCCGCAGGCAUCCAGCAUCCCAUCAAUAAAACAUACUCCGAGCCCUACCAACUCACUGCCAUUGCAAUGCGACAUCCUGCACGAGUGUCCUGUGAGUAUUUCUGACGUGCAGGACCGUGCAGCCACACCGUGCACUGAUUGUUUGAGUGAAAACGACAAGCUUUACCAUGCGUGAUCCGAGCAGGUUUCGCUCCUAUGCCAGAGAACCUUCUCUCCUUUUGGGGCAGUGGAGAAAGAAACGUCAUUGUCUCAUAAAUAAUCCCUCAGCAUCUUUGUUAGCCGACUUCAGUUGCACUGCUCAUUGCCAUCCCCUCAGGGGGACAGUCUGUGUCGGGCAACUACGGGCGACUCAGGCGCAAUCCAAGAUAGUACCAUGAGCGGACCCCAACCUGGCUGACAUCAUUGCGUCUGGGGAUAUAGAUAGAUCCGUAGUACCUCCUCCUUCCUCCUCGCAUCCAUUUGGAGCCGCCUGUGUGUGUAGUCAGUGGCACUUAAUCACAGAGCGCACCAAGGCAGGAGGCGGACCGUCGGGCGUGAACGAAAUAGUAACGGUGAACUGGAGAGGCAGCAGUGUGCGGGACAACGCAGAAAGAGGAGCUAUCCGGAGGACGUUUCCAACAGCCGCUCUCGGUUUUUAACCCCGUGUUUUGAAGACCUUCCACUGGAUCAAGUGUUGCAGUUUUCAUCUCCGACCUUCCCGUUUCGGUCUCCACCACCGCGUCCGUCCGCCGCCACUGCUUCCUUGGAGAUGUCCAAAAAAAGACCAGCCAAGCCGGAGUCCCGGGUGAAACAUCAGGCUUCUCUGGGCAACAUGACUCGCCUUCCUUGUUUCUCUCCGGAGUCUGUAGAAUGAAGACGGCUUAAAUAAAAGUCCAAGCAGAGCGCAAAGAUGUCGGUGCCUUUGCUGAAGAUCGGCGUCGUGCUCAGCACCAUGGCGAUGAUUACCAACUGGAUGUCGCAGACCCUCCCCUCUCUGGUGGGGCUCAAUACUACCAAGCUCACGGCGGCACAGGGAGGGUAUCCAGACCGGAGCACAGGAGUGUUGCCAGCAAACCCAGAGGAGUCGUGGCAGGUGUACAGUUCGGCCCAGGAUAGCGAGGGACGGUGUGUCUGCACUGUGGUGGCACCCCAGCAGUCCAUGUGCUCACGGGAUGCCCGCACCAAACAACUGAGGCAGCUGCUGGAGAAGGUCCAGAACAUGACGCAGUCCAUCCAGGUGCUGGACCAGCGCACCCAGAGGGACCUGCAAUACGUAGAGAAGAUGGAGGUUCAGCUCCGCGGUCUGGAGACCAAGUUCAGGCAGGUGGAGGAGAACCACAAGCAGAACAUCGCCAAGCAAUACAAGGCCAUAAAAGCGAAAAUGGAGGAGCUUAGACCGUUGAUACCAGUGUUGGAGGAGUACAAAGCCGAUGCCAAAUUGGUAUUGCAAUUUAAGGAGGAGGUCCAGAAUCUGACGUCAGUUCUAAGCGAACUUCAGGAGGAGAUGGGGGCCUAUGACUACGAGGAGCUCCACAACAGAGUGUCAAAUCUUGAGGAGAGACUCCGAGCAUGCAUGCAAAAAUUAGCAUGCGGCAAACUGACGGGCAUCAGCGACCCCAUCACCAUCAAGACGUCUGGGUCCAGGUUCGGCUCCUGGAUGACCGACCCUCUGGCACCUGAAGGAGAUACUCGGGUCUGGUACAUGGAUGGUUACCACAACAACCGCUUCGUGAGGGAGUACAAGUCAAUGCAGGACUUCAUGACGUCGGACAACUUCACGUCCCACCGGCUGCCCCACCCAUGGUCGGGAACAGGUCAGGUGGUGUACAACGGCUCCAUCUACUUCAACAAGUUCCAGAGCCACGUCAUCAUCAAGUUCGAUUUCCGUACCUCCUCCAUUAGCAAGUCCCGGCAGCUCGACUACGCCGGCUUCAAUAAUGCGUAUCACUACGCCUGGGGAGGGCACUCGGACAUUGACCUGAUGGUGGAUGAAGGAGGCCUGUGGGCCGUCUACGCCACCAACCAGAAUGCCGGCAAUAUUGUCAUCAGCAAGCUGAACCCCAACACUCUGCAGAUCAUCAAGAGCUGGACCACCAACCACCCCAAAAGGAGUGCUGGCGAAUCUUUUAUGAUCUGUGGCACGCUCUAUGUCACCAAUGGAUACUCAGGAGGCACCAAGGUCUACUAUGCCUACUCUACCAACUCCUCUACUUACGAGUACAUUGACAUUGCCUUCCAGAACAAGUACUCACACAUCUCCAUGCUGGACUACAACCCGCGUGACCGCGCCCUCUAUGCUUGGAACAAUGGCCACCAGGUUCUCUACAACGUUACACUGUUCCACGUCAUCCGCUCAGAGGAACUGUAACCGCGGAAAAGGAUUAAACACAUAAAUACAUGUUGUCUGUGUAGAAAUCUCACUAUAUACAAAAAUAUAUCUGCGAAAGAAAAGACUCUAUGGAAAGAUCAUUCUAUUUAUGAUAUCAAAUAACUUCUGAGAGACUGCAUCAACAGUGAAUGCAAUGUGGAUUGAAUGUGCAUAUGAAAAAAAAAAUCUAAAAUUGAAGGGUUUCAUUCCAAAAGAUUAUAUAUUUAUUAUAGCAAAGAGCUAUAUCCAUUCAUGCCACAAAAUCAAAGAUGAUUGUUAGAAAAACAAAACUGUUUUGUAAAUAAAGGUCGUAAUUUAAUAGCUCCUCUUAGUAGACUUUAUUUUAUAGCUGCCAUCAUUUUGUUAGAGGUAUUUUACUUUGGAAUGAAACUCUUUAAUUGUUUGCCGUAUAGAAAAUGAUUGUAAAAGUAGAAUAUAUAUCAGAAUAAAAAGAGUCAGAACAGAUGCCAAAAAAGAAACAUCACGCCUUUUUUAUAUAAGGGAAUAUCAACCUAAGCUCAUUCCUGCGGCUCCAGUUCUUCUGCUGAAAUCCUCCCCGCUGAACUUUUCUGUUGGUCGAUGGGGGUCCUGAAACGAAGACUGUUGUUAAUAAACUGUUGGAUCCCCAGGUUCCAAGGACUAAAAGUGGGAGGUCAGUCUAGUCAGAAGACUUGAUAGCCUAAUGGAUGCAGUCUGUCAUAUCAUUUUUAUCAAGUACAGUAGCAAAUCAAAAGUCUGUAGACAAACUGAAAACAACAAUAACGACAUCCACUAAAAGACCUGAAGGCACUGACUGUUGACAGCGCUGUUGUUUGAAAUAAUUUUCCUGUGUUGGUGACUAUGUGUGAAAAAGGCUUUCUUUGCAUGAGUGUUUUCUAUCACUCUGGUCUGCUCUUCUGAAUGUCUUUUACUGUAUGAUAUAUUAAAAAAAAAAGAAAAAAGGGAGGUAGGGUGGGAGGGGGGAACAAGGUAGAAUACCUUUGGGAUUUGAGGAUUUGCAGAGAUAUUUACUUUUUUUCCUGCUUCUUUCCAUUUAGUUCUUGUUUUGUUUAUUUCUAUUUCUUUGCAACCACUUUAUUUUUCAAAUGUUCUUGUAUCACUGUAACUGUUGGCACCGGUUUUGCCUCUCUCUGUAUUUGUUUAUUUGGACUGUGUAGGAGGAAUCUAUCUAGCUCACAUCUCUUUGAAAAAAAAAUAACAGAAUGUAUCAAGUAUUGUACCCUGGGAACCUGGUCCUCCUAUCUUCAAUUCACAUCAUGAGCCUAUAGUAGGGAAAGGGGUUUUUCUUAGAGGAUAAUCCUGUCUCAUGUCAUGUAUCCCCCCUCAACUCCUCCCCACUGCUAGUGAAGGAUAAUGCUGUUUAAAUGUAUACCCUUGCAGAGGACAAAAGCUUUUCACUCUUUUUGCGCUUUGCUGGACAUGUGUUGUAUCUGAGAUGAGAUAGUUAAUGAUUCGUGUCAAUAAAACAGAGAAAUCUGA